UUUUGCAACAAAAACAAAUUUACCACGAGGUUUAUAAAAACCCAGGUACAAAGAAGUUUAUUUCAACAUUUAAACUUUGUCGCUUGAAUUAAGAACAUUUAAAAAAAUAAAAAAAGGAUGUUUUACUAUAUUGUACUUAUUGCCGCAUUUGUUGCUCCAGUUUGGUCCAAUUCGGCUGGAGCUCCAGCUAAAGUCUGCACAAAUGGUCUGGUACCUGAACACGGUGUCGGUUCACAAUCCGGCUCAGCACCAUAUUCCUUGUCUGGAGGAUCAUCGGUAAAAGCUGGUGAUCAAAUUGAACUAACCCUCUCCGGAGACGAAUUUCUUGGAUGGGCUAUUCAAGCCCACUCAGCUGAUAACAAACCAAUUGGUGCUUUCAAGCCAGACAGCAAUUCACAGACUAUUAGCUGCUCUGGACCAGAUAACACCCUUACCCACAAGAAACUAAAGGCACCAAUUAAGUCACUUAAAAUCCAUUGGCAAGCACCAGAGGGCCACAAAGGACCAGUGACAUUCCAAGCAACAGUUGUUAAGAAUGGUGGCACCUUCUGGGUUGGCAAAGUCAAAAAGGACGUUGCUGUUGCAUAAAGAUCUCUUUAGCAAAGAAAAUAACAAGAAAAACUCAAGUUUUCAUCUUUAAUACUCUUAUUUACCCUAUUUUAAUUUGUUUAUAUUUUAUGUUCAGUGUUUUGUGAUUUAUUUUUAAAAAUAAAAGAAAAGAAAAAGUGACGAAAAUUAAA